AUGGACAAGUGCUUGGAGACAUUCGGAGUUUACCAGCUGAGCCGUUCACUAGCUGAUUACAACAAGUUCAAGAAGGUGUGUAAGGACGCCAAACGUGACUUCUUUGAUGAACGCAUCGCAGAAAUCACCACUUCUUGCAAGCGCCUGUGGGACCUAAUGGAAUGGGUCAAACAGCGCAAGCUACCACCCUGUGAGGCUAUUCGCAAUGGCGACCGGCCUUGCCAUGAUAUGGACGACCUUUGGGAUGCCCUUCACAGCACGUACAACUCAGCCUCGGGUCAUGAGUACGAUGCCUCUGUCUUAGACGAGCUUCCUGAUGAGCUGGUCCGCAAAUGGGCUGACUUCUUGGAGCAUGAGUUGUUGAGUGCCCUUAAGGGGUGCUCUAACUCCUCUGCACCAGGACCGGACCAUGUUACAUGGGUCCACCUUAAGGAGUUGCUCAAGGAUAAACAUGUCCUUGCGCUCUUCAUCGUGUUGGCCAACGCCUGCCUUUGGGUGGGGCAUUGGCCACAUAUAUUUAAGGAGUUGCUAUCGGUCAUCGUCCCAAAACCGAAUAAGCCCUCUUAUGCUGUGCCAAAGGCCUUUAGGCCGAUCCGGUGCUCAAUGGCAGGCUGCUCGCUAUCUACAAACACGUACGCUACACAGCCUGGUUACUAA